CUGUGGUUGGCUGGCAUGGCAAAGAAAGAAAUCUGUUUUUUCGCAAAAAAAGUUUUAUUGCAAAGUUUAUAAAUAAUACCCACUUGUUAUUGCUUCAUAAAAUUUUAAAGAAAAAAAAAAAACAAUAAAUUGAUUGGACAAUAAACGCCUCAAUAUUAAACAAAUAAAUAUUUCGAUAUAACUAGUUCUAUCAUUGUUUCUGAGAAGGUAUCGUAGGCCCAUAGAAAUAUAUACCUUAUAGUCUAACAUAGAUGUGAAAAAAUAAUGACAAAUUCUAAAUAACACAAUGCAUUCACCCGGAUAGCAAAGGGUGCUGGUUCGAGUCCCAUCUGCGGCCUGGUGUGCUUGGAAUUUUUUCUAGUAAAAUUUCCUUUACAAUACUUAUCAUUGGGGCCGUUCAAGUAUUACAAUAAUGGCUCGUGGACAACAGAAGAUUCAAUCACAAGCCAAAGCAGCUGAAAAACAAUCAAAAAUAAAGAAACAACAAGGGCAUAGCGCUACUGACCAAAAGAAAGCUGCACAAAAAGCACUUGUACACGUGUGCGUCGUAUGCAAGGCACAAAUGCCAGACCCGAAGACCUACAAACAACAUUUUGAGAACAAACAUCCCAAGAAUGAUUUACCUGACGAUCUCAAGGAUAACCCUAAUCUACCAUUUAUAUUAAGGCACUGUUUUAAAGACGUGAAGAAAGAGGCUGAUCAUGAAAGUAAUAUAAGUGCUGUUUGUAAGAUAUGUUCUAAAACACUGUUGUUGCGUGCAGACUUCCACGCAACAACAAACUUCUUAAAUCAUAUUAAAAGAAAAGGCCAUGAUAAUCUUCUGAAAGAGUAUGAACAAUUGAAAUCCCAGCAUACAAAGAAAAGAAAGUGCAGUGUUGCAGAUUCUGAUAACAUUAGUACCGCGAGUAUAUCAAAAAAACUGAAGCAAAGUAUUCUUUCAAAUUCUCUACAAAAGUCAGUAAACCUGGAUAAAUUAAUAGUAAACUUUGUUGUUGACACAAUGUCCCCUAUGUCUAUAGUAGAAAAUAAAUCAUUUAGUGCUUUAAUUGAAGGAGCUCAACAACUUACACGUCCACCAAAAUUGAUGUGCCGCCGCACAUGCAAUAAUAAAAUUGCUGAUGCAUACACAGAAUAUAAAGGUAAUCUAAAAAAUAAAUUGAAGGCUGCUCAAUAUGUCUGUACCACAGCAGAUAUUUGGUCAUCUUCAAGACGCAGUUACUUAGGUAUGACUGUUCAUUGGAUAGAUUCAGACACAUUUGCAAGAAAUAGUUCUGCUCUUGCCUGCAGAAGAUUCAAGGGUACCCAUUCAUUUGAUAAGAUAGCAGAACUUAUCAUUGAAAUACAUGAAGAAUAUGACUUAACAUUGUCCAAAAUAACUAAAACAGUAACGGAUAAUGGCUCCAAUAUGGUGAAAGCUUUUAAAAUAUUUGGGAAACUUGAUUUAGAAACUGAUACAUGUAGUGGACCCCUGAUGAAUGUUGAUUUAGAAAAUUUAGAAGUAAAUUUAAAUGAAAACCCUUACAAUAACAAUCAGCAAGAUGAUGAUGAUAAUGAUUAUAUAUUAGCCCUGAAUGAGUUUCCUGAACCUCAAGAAAAUGAUUUAUAUCAACUACCCAACCAUGAGAGAUGUGCAACCCAUACUUUACAUCUGAUUCCUGCACGGGACUUUGAUAAAGACAGACACAAAAAUAAUUCAUACCGGAAACUACAUGAUGCAGCUAUGGCUAAAUGUCAGGUUGUCUGGAAUUUAUGCUCUAGGUCACCGAAAGCAUCUGAAAUUUACUUGGAAGUUACUGAUAACCCAAGAUCCAAGGACAGCAUUCUGGCAGCUAUAUCGUAUCUAUUUUUCAAAUUAAAGUGGGUGCCUAAAAAUAAGAAGGAGCAUCUUAGGGAGCUGUUUAUCCAAGAAGUCAGGAAAUUUAAAAAUCAAAAUUUAAAAAGCUGCCUCCUAUCACAGACAUCGGAAAGAAAAAGAGAAAAAAGCGAGUCUUAUUACAUGUUCCAGGAUUCAGAUUCCUCGGCAACCAGUGAGGGUGGUAGUGCUAAUAAUACUACAAUAGAUCUGGAAACCCUGCAAUAUUUAAAGGAUGAAAGCACAAAUCUGGAGAUGCUAAAUGGUUAUCCUACAGAUAAAGACACAGUCAUCGAUACCGAUCGACGGUUCGGUUCGGACAUACAGAAGGGCACGAGAGUAUGGGAAGUCGGCGUCGAUGUGACGCGCUUCAAAAAUACAGUCAUCGGAACAGAGUCUCUACGCCGCGCCGUUCCGACCGAUUCGGUACUAUUCGAAAAGUGA